UAACCAUUACCAUACGUACAUAGUAACGAUUACCAUAAUUCCAUAGGAACUAUUCCGAUACCAUAUGGGAAUUAUAUUCAUAAUUAUAGGAGUGGUUACCAUAAUAUAUAUGGGUGCCGUUCCUAUAAUCAACAUUUCAAAAAAACCAGUUACCAUGCAGUAUGGGAACCAUUCCCAUAAUAUAUUGUAACUGUUACUAUAAUUUUCUCUCCGUGUAGUUUUUAGUUCUAUACAGGCCCUCUACCGACAAAACUUACCAAAAAAAUAUUCAGUGCCGAUUACCAAAUAUUUUUUUGGUGGAAACAAAUAUUUAUUUUAUGAUAAUAAGAUUUAAUUGAGAUAAAAAAAAUGAUUUACUAAAUUAUAAUAAAUUAUGUUGAUGGGCACAAAAUAUUUUUUUCUCCCAAACAAGUGACUAAAAAUUUUGUUACUAAAUCCAUUUAGUACUCAGUAAUAAAUCCUUCUAUCAGUGUCAAAAAAUGCGGAGCAACAGUUACUUCAGUGAACUAGUGUAAAUUUAACUCCAUUGUGUGUUUACCUAACGUCCAUUUGUGGUAACCUGAGAAUGUCAAUAUUCAGUAUUUACAAAAGAAAUUUGUAUUUUACACCAUAUACGUGGUCCGAGCAACUAUAUACUGUAUGCAACGAUUAAUUCUCGUAUCAUCAAUUUAACUAUUUUAGUGAGACAAAUUUUACUAUACAUUCGAUGUAACAUAAUUAUUAGUAUUUGUAGUUGAGAUGUCUCCAAUCACAGUAAAUUGUUUGUACAGCAUAAUAAAAAUUCGUUUAUUUCUGAAGCCCAUUUUCUCGAACAGUCGACUCCUUGUCAUAAGCUUGUCCGUAAUGAACCUCUUUCUUUCAGUUACUAAAUCCAAAUAACUUUCCCACUUAACCACUCUGAAAAGUUUCGUAUCAAACAGCCCGUUGUCAAUCUCCAUUAAAAUUGUCAAAAUUAUUAACUAAGAAUCGCAUAAAAUAGAUAAAUCAAUGAUAAAAAUUUCCUAUUUAUAUUUUGCUGACAAUAAUUAAAUCAAUUCUAAGUCAAAUAUUAUUUAUUGUGGAUAAUCGUAAUCAUGAACUAUAUUUGAAGCUUCUGUUACGAUUUAAAACUUUGAUUGUGAAUAUUUGUUUAUCAAUAAAAUUAUUAUCAUCAUUACUGUAACUAAUACCAUUAUCAUUAUAAUUAUUAUUGGGGUAAAAAGAUAUAAUGUAAUUAGAUAUAACGAAUAGUCGGAAACAAAACUAAAUGCACGGUAGUGGAGAGACUGAAAUUCUAAGCAAAAUUUCUUUUACGUCCCCUCGACCAGGCUUAUAAUGGGUAGUCACAGGUAGUCGACUGUAUUGCAUUUCAUACGAAUUUCUUUUGAGCGAUGUUUCUGGUUCCCCCAAUCUCAGAUGAUCGAAGCGACCCCACAUGCCCUUAAGUUUAGUCACACUCACACUUUAAUUUCAUAGUUUAGUUUGUCCUGGUUUCCCGCCCAAGUCAGUCCAAGUUCUUGUAAGAACUGGCGUUAAGUGCAUUUGAGUAAUUGUAACGACUAGUAUAAUAAUUAAUUUUUAUUUCUGAUAGCAAAAAUAUCUUAUUAAAAUACUCGUAAUGUCUUAUAUUUUAUCAAUAUAAACCGUUUGAACAUUUCUUAUUAAGACAAGAAAAAACUAAGUUAAAUAAUUUUAUAAAUUAAGCGCAGUAAAAAAAAUUAACUUACUGCAUUAGGGAUAAAACUUUUGUUCUACAAAUAUUUAAAAUAAACACUCAAAGUUUACUAGUGACCAAUUUUACAGUGACAAUUUAAUUAUUCCUUGAGCUAAACUAUUUUAUAGGAAGAACUGAUUGCUUCAUUUUUUCGGACUAAUUUGAUCCAAAAGCACUAAUAAUGACGUCGAGAGAGUAUGAAGAUACCAUUUUAACAUGUCCAUUAGAUCCAAGUCAUCGCAUUAUGAAAAGUGGUAUGCAAAAACAUGUAAUAAAGUGUUUGAAAAAUAAUAAGUUGACAGAUAAAAAAAUCUGCCUUUAUAAUCCACUGCAUAUAAUUAAUGCUAAUGAGAUGGAGCAACACUAUACAGAAUGUGAAAGUUACGCGAGUGUUCAAGUUCAACAGUUGGAUUUAAAUGACAGAAAAAACUAUUCGGGUAUUAUUUCAUUUGAAGAAGUAACGGACCAACUUACAAAAGCUUUUGAGGCUUUUGGUAGUACAAAUAAUAACGUUGAUCGUUUUCAUUCUAUUGAUGGGCCUGGAUACGAUCCUAUCCAGACGAAUAUUAAUAAACCUUUGUACCGUUCUUUGGAUUGUGAGUCUAAAUCUAAAAAAAAGCAAUUCCGGAUGAUUGAAAGACAACGACAUGCGGCAAGUUCAGCUCAAGGAAGUAAUGAAUGGCAUCACGGGACGGAACAAAAUGACAAUCAUGAAAGUUUGGAACAUAAACCAAUGAGUAGUAAAAGUACAUUAAUGACCAACAAUGAUUAUCAGGACGAAAAUGAUGAACACAACGGAAAUAUCGACGAAGAUCGAAUUCAAUUUAAUGUUUAUUCAUCUGACAAUGGACUGACAAAUGAAAAUAAAAAUGAAACUUCAAAAGAUGAAUCAACAAAAAAAUUCGAAAAUAAAUCUUGUUCUACCGGUAGAUUCGAGAAUCUAUCAGACGAGAAUAAUCAUGGUAGUCUCGUUGAUCAAAUGGAAUUUACCUUGGUUUCCAAAAAAACAUCUAAAGGGGCAAUCAAAAAGAAGAUGAUGAAAAACCAGCCGGAAGUUACUAAUCAAAACAAACCAGGAUCUCAGCGAAAAAGCAAUCAAAUUUCGAAGGAAGCAGCUGAAAGGUCUGUUAAUAAACCCACCAAUCAGAGGAACUCAUCAUUUAAUAGAAAUACCAAUCCUGGUCCAUUAAGUUCUUGUAAUAUAAUCGGUGGACGGGGUAUUAUUCAUGCUGGUCCUUCUAAUCCUGGACGUUCCAAUCCUGGUCCUCCAAGAUCUCAAAAUAUAAUAGGUGGACGGGGCAUUGUUCAUUCUUUACAGCGUCAACGACCAGGACCUAGAGAUGAUUAAAUAUCAUCUUACUCACAAUGCACUUUUACGAAAAAAAAAAAAGAUGAAGAAAAUUUCAUCUACACUUUCUUUAUACUUUCUCAUGAAUUUUAUUUUUACAACUUUUUAAAUUAAUACGAAAAUUUAUUGCUUCGAAUUGAUAAUCAAUUUUACAAUAACCGUUGAGAAGUAAUUAUUCGAUCGAUUUUAAAUAUUUCAAUUAUCAUAAAGUUUUUUUUUACUAAAACUAUACAAAAAAAAUGAUACAUUUUUUUAAGACAUUAUCCUAUCUACUUUUUUUUUAUACUGACGAUUAUAAGAACUAUUUUUUAUCUAAUUUAAACCAUGUUUAAUUUCUCAUCUUUUUUUUGUCAAUAAUUUGAAUUGAAUUUAUUGAUCAAAUUAUAAAAUAUCUUUUAUACGCUAAUGAUUUCAACUUAAAAGAAUUUGUACAUACAUUUGUGUAGUAAUGAUCAAUUAAUUGGAUCUAAUUAUUCUGAUAAUGUUAUGGCGAACAUGCAAAAGCAAGAUUCUACUUUUAUCCACUUUUCAAGUCUUCACAAUUUAUUGAAAAAUCGAUACUUCACAAUAAUUUCAUUUAAUUUUCUACCACACAAUAAACUACUUAAUAUAACCUACAUUGAAAUUGCAAUUUUCAAUGCCUGUUUCGCCAGUCGAAAAGAGCUGAUUUUUCAGACCAAUGUUAUUGAGUUGAUAGAAAAUCGUUUUUUUCAUUCCUAGGAAAGAACUAAAUUAGUUAUCUGACUUGAUUUCAGCUUUUUUAGAAUCGCAUUCGUUUAUUUCAAACCUCAGAAUAAUUAUAUUUUAUUCUAAUUAACCAAUUUGAUUGAUUUAGUACAAGCCCUUUUGGUCUUCAUUUCUCGAUUUGAUUGGUUGCAGACAUUAAAACUAUAAAUUAUAAUUCAAAUAAAUAUGAAAAUUAUAUUGUGUGAUUCGUAAUAAAAAACUACUUUAGACGUCUCGUCUUAUCCUUUGCCACACAUAUUAUUUUCUCGGUUGCUUAUCCAAUUCAAGUUGAUAGAAAAAAAAAAUUAUUGACAAAUCUAAAUUUAAUUACAAGGGAUCUAUAAGAAUCAACUGCAACGGUAAUUUGCGACCCGGAUGAAGCAAUAAUCAGUUUCUAAAUCCACAGUUUUUGAACAAAUUCAGAUUAAUUAACAAUUUAAUUAUUAUUAAAUUCGUUAACCCAAAUAAUCUGUUGUAUAACAACCGAACUUUUAAAGUCACAAACAAAAUUAUUUACAAGCGAAAAUAAGUAGAACGCCAUUGCAUAUUUAUCAAUUUAAUUUUUGUAAAGUAACAUCAUAUUACAGUUGUGAUUUACUAUUCGUUUCAAAUACUUAUAAUUAAUUAAUUGUAUAAAAACUCAAAAUUGUAUAAUUUUCAAUAAGUAUCAAAUGUGAAUUAUUUGAAUUUUUUUUAUAACACAUUGUCAAUAGAAGAUAAAAUGAAAUGUCAGCUUGUAUUGUAAAUUUGAUUGUUUUAUAUCAUUUAAAUAAGAAUUGUAAAUAAGUUAUUAUACGGAUAAGUAUCUGUUUAAAUAAGUUAUUAUACGGAUAAGUAUCUGUUGAAAAUUGCUAUAUUAAAUGAAUAACUAAAUAAUUGAUAUUAA